UGCCAACACCAACGGAUGGGGCUCCUCCCGUCUCCGCAAGGAGGGAGUCCCCAUGAAGGACCGACUCUUCCCACACAAGGGGGAGUCGUCAUGAAGAACACUACUCGCAAUAGCAACAACAACAAUAACAGGAGCAACAAUAGUCACAAUCGCAAUUCUCGUCGGAGGGAUGGGCAAGCCCCUGACACCCCAUGUCAUCCAACCACCCAAGUAACAACCGCCACCCCCAUCGAAGGGAGUGUUAUUUUGUGGAGACUUGUGAGUGGCUAUCAUUAUAAAUACUCCCAUCGCUUUCUACCGAGGAGGGCGUUCAAUCGUAACUUAUCUUCUUGGAAAGGAGUGCUUCCAUAUCGGUGUCUGCAAAUGCAGGGUAAAGUUGUCAAGGAGGGGCCGUGGGGUGCGAACGCAGGGAAUGAGUUCGAUACUGGUCGUGUUGACCGUUUUACCAAGGUCAAGAUUUACCAUGGAGAUGUAAUAUACGGGUUGGAAAUAACCUUCGUCGUGGAUGGUAAAACCCAACCCCCCUUGCUUAUUGGAAGCAAAAAGCGCGCAUCCCAAAAGAUUACCCUCGACGAGGACGAACGCUUCAUUUCCAUCUCGGGAUACUUCAAACCAAUGUUGGGAAACGACAUUUUCAUAACACAACUUACUCUUACCACCGAUGAAAACAGAAACGUAAGUGCUGGCAAUGAGACGGGCAAUCCUUUCUCCCUUGCUUUAGAGGAGGGAGGUCACAUUGUGGGCUUCUGUGGACUUGUUGGUCAACCGACUGUCGCCGUGGGAGCCAUUGCAGUGCACUGCUCCUUGGCUGAUUCCUAGAUAUGGAUGCACUAGUCCGUAAAGGACUGCUGCUACUACACAUAUGCUAUACUAAAUAAGGAGCAGCAGUUGUCGUCAUCAUCGUUAUCCUUAUUGUUGUUGUCCCCAUCGUCAUCCUUAUUGUUGUUGCUGUCAUCAUUAUCGUCGUUGAUGUUCUUGUCCUCAAAGUAUUCUUAAAUAAAUUAUAAACCACUUGUGGGUCUACUAUGAU